AUGGGGGCGUUUCUAGCUUCUCCCAAGACGGAGAAACACUCCGAAUUUGGGGGUUCGAAAGAGGAGAUGACAUCGGAGUACGGAGCAUCGGCAAUGCAGGGAUGGCGGCAGACAAUGGAGGAUGCUCACGUGGCGAUCCCGUCGCUCAAGGCUCUGGUGGAGAGCGCGCAUGCUCCCCCGUCCGCAGAAUGUGUCAAGGCCUUUGCGGAGCUUCAAGCCAUGGAUAUUGAAGAUAUUGGCAUAUAUGGUGUAUUCGAUGGCCACGGCAGCAAUGCCGUCAGUCAGUGGACUGCAGCGAACCUCCUCACGGUACGCUGGAUGCUUUCGUUACCGCCUGUCAUGCCUUUCUGGCACUUGCCUCCCUCUCUGCGUGUCAUUAUUGCAUCCCAUCGUGCGCGCGCUUGCAUGUGGCUUCUGGUGGCUUUGGUGUAUGGAUUUCCGUUGUCUGCAUGGCGUUGUCAAGCUUUCGUUGCUUGCGAGCGCCUCCUGAGUGUUCGUUCGGAGAUGGAGGCCAAGGGUCUCUCGAUGCCUCGUGGAAGCUGCAGAGCAGGACAGUCCUGCGACAAAGAGCUCGUGACCAAAGAAAAUGCAGUGCUCUGCCAGGCAAUCGAAGACGCAUUUCUCGCCGUUGACGAGAGGAUACAAACACCGGAGAGCAGACACGCCCUUUUAAAGAUCUUCCAAGAUGGCCAGCGCGAGCAACAUGGCACCGAGACGUAUUUAGAGUGGUUUCUGAAGAACGGCGGCGAUGCGCGCGUUAUCGAUAUGAAUGGGCAACGAUACAUACAGUUGUGUACCGUGGGUGUAGGUGUGAUUUUUUGGUUGGUUCGCGUCGUUAAUGCCGCUGAUGCAGGCACGAAGGAGGAGGACAGCGACUGCGAAAAGAAGCAGGCUGCAGACAGCGGCAAGAGCCAUGCCUUAGGGCGGCUAGACAGCACUGCCAAUGCUGCCACGGAUGUGGACCUGGAGAAGCUCGCAGUUGCUGUUGGCGCGGCUUCCAAGGGCGGCAAAUCGGCUGUCAAGACGGAGGCAGGCCCUUCCCCUCCUGCAGAGACGGGGCCUUGUGGGGACGAGGCAAGUCAUGCUGAAGAGCAAUUCGAGGGAGAGAAGAGUGCCUCUGAAGGCAGCGAGAAGGAUGCGGAGGACGCCGAGUUGAGUUGUGCAGCUGAUGCUCAAAGGAACGAGCAUCCUCAUCCUUCUUCCCCGGAAGGAUCGGGUGCCACGUCCGUUGUCGUCCUCGUCGUCAAAGGACCCACUCCUGUUCUUAUCGUCGCUAACGCCGGAGAUUCCAGAGGCAUCAUCAGCCGAGGUGGCGUGGCCUUUCCUUUGUCGCAUGACCACAAGCCGAUGAAUCCUGGGGAACGGGCAAGGAUCGCUGCCGCCGGGGGGUCCGUGACAAACGGCCGCGUAGACGGCAAUCUCAAUCUAUCGAGGUCUCUGGGUGACCUUUAUUACAAGGCGGAUGCGGAUAUUCCGCCCGAGAAGCAGCGCAUCACGGCUUUUCCUGAUGUUCGAAUUACUCCAAUCUGCAAGGACGACGAGUUCGUCAUUAUCGCAUGCGACGGCAUAUGGGACUGUAAAACCAACCAGGAGGCCGUGGAUUUUGUGCGGGCACGUCUUGCUGAAUCCAAGAAGCCUUCCCCGGAGGCGCUGCGCGAUGCCUGCGAGGCGCUCUGUGAUGACUGCCUUUCCCAUGAUCCAAUUAAGUCUGAAGGUCAUGGCUGUGAUAACAUGACAGUGGUAAUAGUUGACUUAUCCACCAAGUUGCGAGAAAAGGGCUGCUCCUCAGCAAGGGUCGUUCUGUAUGGAGGGGGGGAAGACCUCUAUUUGGGCCAGGACGAGGCGGAGUUUGAGGCCGAAGAUGAUGAUUAA